AGAAUUUUUUGACCUCUGCAAAGCAGAGCGUGUUGUGGUAAAAGUAUGGCCUCUGCUGGAGAGAAUGGAGCCUCAAGCGAGUCAAAUGAAACCACUGAGCUUGUUGAGCAGUUUUGCACGAUAACGGGUGCCCCGGAAGAGACUGCGAAAUCUCUGCUUGAAGCUUGUUCGGGAAAUCUUGCAAUGGCUAUAAACAUGCUCAUGGAAAGCGAUGAGCCCGCGGUGGCAUUAGCGGAACUGUCCGCUCCGUCAGGUUCAUCAUCGUCAUCGACGGCAUUCGACGCCGGACCAUCACUGGAGAACGAUCCGCAUAAAGACGAUGACUCGGACAAUCUGCGUGCACCGAUUUUGCCUACUAGGGGAGUACUUGUUGAUGGUCUGCACUACUCAGCCGUAAAUGGCCGCCAGCGCAUCAGGAAUUCUCGUUUUUCGACGACGGUACGAGGGUUGCGGGACUUCCAAGCUGAAACCCGUGAGCGAGAAGACAGACUGCGUCGAGGACUGCCCCCGGGAUACGACAAUUCCAAGUUGAAUCGGUUAGAAGACAUUUUCCGGCCGCCGAUCGAUCUGAUAUUCACAGGUUCAUUCGACGAAGCGAAAGAAUUUGGUGCAAGGGAGAACCGGUGGUUGCUGGUCAAUAUCCAGAACAACCAGGAGUUCAAGUGCCAAGUUCUAAACAGAGAUGUGUGGUCUGAUAAAAGGAUCAAAAAGCUCGUUCGGGAACACUUCGUCUUCUGGCAGGCAUACAAUGAUACUGACGACGGUGAACGCUUUUCAAUGUUUUAUCCAGUGACUAAAUGGCCUUACAUUGCUGUGCUUGACCCACGAACUGGAGAGAAUCUCGCUCAGUGGCACGACGACAGUCCCGGCAUUAUUCUGAAUGCCUUGACGGACUUUUUGAGCGAGCAUUCUGCUCCUUCAGAUUCUAGUGGGCCUCCAAAGCGGCCUCGCACGGGUGGUUCUCAGGAUCGGCUCUUGAUUGACAUGAGCGAAGACAGUCAGUUGGAAGCUGCCAUCAGGGCAUCUUUAGAGGAGAAGCAUAUUGAGGACGUGGGGAAGCUUGAAUCCGAGCCCAACAGUGAUAUUGAUGCAUUCACGGAUGAUGAUACGAACUCGAGCUUUCCAUCACCAUUUUUCUCGAGUAAGGCCAGUGGCUCUGGGUCGACAUCAAAAGAAGUGGGCGAAUCGUCAACAGCGUCUGCCAAAAGAAAUUUGAAUGAGGCCAUGUGUACGUCUAAGUUGCAAGGAGAAGAUGCUUGGAGAGAAUUUGCCGGGAAUCCUGAUGAUCCGGAAUCACGACUGCUGCUUCGUUUGCCAGAUGGCAAAAAAAUACACAUCUCUAUGCCUUGUAGUUCUCAAAUACAAGCUGUGAUUGUCUACGCUGAGUUCCUUGGCUUCCCACCAUCGAAGCUUUGCAAGUCUACCGAUGUCAUGUUCGGUUCAUUGAAAGAACGAUUGAGCGUAGUCCAAGAAGGUCUCAGCGCAAGCUUCAAAGGUUUGUCAGUGGGUGAAGUGAACAAGUUCAAAGCAAGAAGCGGGUCCACAGUCAACGCAAAUUUCGAUCCAAAUUGCGGGGCAGAUCUUCUGCAUCAUUACCAGACAGAAUGGGCAGGGAUUCAUGUCGCAACGGAAUCAAAUGCUGGGAAGGCCAGAUCAAUCGACAGACAAAUUUGCGAUUUACACAGCUGGUUAGAAUCCCAAUGGGAAACUAUUCAUCAAUUGAAUCGCCAUUUGGCUGCUCUACCCGGUCUGGUUGACAUGGUUGAUCAAGCUUUGGAAAGCAUUGGUAUCCUCCAAGGUUUAUUCGAAGAAGUCGAAGACGCGAUGAUGCAUUUGGAAGAUAUUCAAGAAACUCAAGCGUUGCGAGAGAAACAAUUGGAUCACCGAUUCCAGUUCGCACUUUACAAGGAGAAGAAAUUGGGGAAUCUGAAAGAUCUUAGAUCGUGUUUGGCUAGGGAGCAUGCGGAAAAUUUGCGAUUGCAGCAAGAAAGAGAAGAAAUCGCUUUGAAAGAGAGACAGGCCGUGUUCAAACAAGCGUUCGAAGAAGAAAUUGAAGAUUACAAACGAUCCGGAAGACUGCGCCAACUGGAUCAUUCUGAUCAUGCGAGCCGUUUGAAGUUAGAAGAUGUGACUGUCGAAGAAGAUACCUCUGCGUUGGAUUCCUUUCUUGAAGACCCCGAAACCGGAAAAGACGAACCGAAAGCUUCCAGUUCCUGA